AUGGCACACACAUUAGACAAGAAAUCUAGUCUCAGAAGUCUUAAUUUUCAUUUAAAGAAAAAACGUAGUACAACUGAUGACAAUAAAACUACUAGUAUUGGUUUUAAACAAUCAGUAUCGGCACUCAUGAACAAAUGGAAAGAUAUCUUUAAAUCUAUUACACAUAAUACGUUGGAUGAAUUGGAAACGUAUUCCUCGGAUGAACAAAUUGAUGCAAUGUUCCGUAGAAAUAAAAAAGACGCAAAUGUUGUCAAAUUUAAUAAAAUAUUACAUGAAAGAGAUAGUGGUGCAUCAUUAUCUCAAUGCAACCCUGUUACUAGUUCACAAUUAGAAAUGAAAUUAACAGAUGAAAGAAGUACAGAGAACGCAGUAUCGAUGAGUCCCAGUAAUAUGACUCAAGUUAGGGAUAUUGAUGAAGAAAUGAACUCAGAUGAUGAUGAGGAAAAUGAAGAAGAGACUUUCGAUAAUUAUGAUGAUGUUGAAGCUUGUCGAUUAUUGAGAAGUGAGCAAGGUGAACCAUUUGUUGGUGCCAUUGAAAUAUGGAAAUAUAGAAGAGAUUUAUGGCAAAAGAAAACCACGGAUAUCACAAAGGAAGAUAUUGAUGAAAGAAGAGAAGAAUUUCAGCAGAUUCCAUCAGAAUAUUACGAUAGAAUAUAUAGAAAACUGGUAAUAGAGGAUAAACCAUUGAGAGAACCAUUGAAUUUACAAGAUGCAUUAAAAGUUAUCGAUGCAGGUUGGACUGAAACCAAGAAAUGGGAAAGAGCUGCUAAUGGGAUUGCAUAA